GGCCGCCGUCUCUCGGGCAAGUUCACGAGCCAAGAAGUUACCCUUUGACACUUUGAUGCGCCCAUAGGAUGUUGGACGGCGAAAAUAUUCCUUAUCGAUAGACGGCAGGGUUACUUAUUGCCUUCUGCUUACAGGGUUUCUUACUGCUGAAUUACGUCUACACCGCAGGGUUACCAUCGGCUCUUCGCUGUGCAAAUUCGGUGCAUCAUUCAAGUCAUCAUCACCAAUCUCUGAUUUCGCUCCAUUUACUCACUCCCAGGGUCUUUCUGGUCCAAUUACUCAUUUUUCAUUCAAAUAUAUCCAUCUAGAACACCCUUCGACUUCCUUUCCAUUUCUUCGCAUAUACGCAUUUACGUGCGUGCGAUUUGACGUUCGGUCGGCCAUACACUUCAAUAGACCUACCCGAUGGCGGCGUCGUUGGGCGUAAUGGAGGAGGCGCCGGAGAGUCGUGUACUGAUAAUCAUUACGGGCGGGACGAUCUGUAUGAAGCCGUCGGCGGACGGGCUGGUUCCGGCAACUGGCUUCCUGAAAACCGGUCUCGCUCCCCAACCCUCAUUUAACGACGGGUCUUACCCCGAACCUUUGGAGAUCGCAGUCGACGAUGCAGGAACUCGAAAAGCAGUACAAAGUCUACGGACACCCAUCAGCACAUAUCAUCGACGAGUGCGUUACAGCGUCUACGAAUUUCCCACCCUCCUCGACAGUAGCUCGAUCGACGCAACAGGAUGGGACCUGAUCGCGCGAUCCAUCCAACGAAAUUACCAGCUCUUUGACGGCUUCGUCAUCCUCCACGGCACCGACAGUCUAGCAUACACCUGCUCCGCACUAUCAUUCAUGCUCAACAACCUUGGGAAGCCCGUCAUCCUCACCGGCUCCCAAGCCCCCAUGCUCUCCCUCCAAACUGACGCGACCGACAACCUCCUUAACUCCCUCAUCAUCGCCGGACACUUCAUGAUCCCUGAGGUCUGUCUCUUCUUCAACUUUGCUCUCUACCGUGGCAACCGCACCACUAAAACGUCCUCCGACUCCUUCGCCGCCUUCGCCUCCCCCAACCACCCCCCCCUGGCCACCGUCUCCGCCACCCGCACCCACGUCAACUGGGACCUCAUCGUAAAACCCACUGCCCCCCUCCCCUUCCACAUCUCCACCUCACUCUCCACCGCCCACGUCGCCUGCCUCCGCGUCUUCCCCGGAAUCCUCCCCGAAAUGCUCGACGCCGUCCUCCGCCUCCCUUCCCUCCAGGGCCUCAUCCUCGAAACCUUCGGCGCGGGGAACACCCCGGGUGGACCCGACGGCACCCUCACCCGUGUGCUCGCCGCCGCCGUCCAGCGCGGCAUUGUUAUUGUUAACGUCACCCAAUGCCUCUCCGGCUCCGUGUCCGCGCUCUACGCCUCCGGUACGGCGCUCGGGCGCGCAGGCAUCGUGUUCGGACAAGACCUCACGACCGAAGCAGCAUUAACCAAGCUAUCGUACCUACUAGCACAGGAGGACGCGACGCCGGAGAGCGUAGCGCGAGAGAUGGCGCGGGACCUAUGUGGCGAGCUGACGGAGCGGGGGGAGGUAGCGUUUGCGCAUCCGGGGCGGGAGAAGCGGCGGGUGAGCGGGGCGCUGACACCGGAGGUGGAGAGCUUGACGGCGCUGGGGUAUCGGAUCCAGGAGGGGGAUCUAGACGGGGUGAAAGGGGUGAUGAGGGAGGAGCGGGGGUGGUUGUUGGGGGAGGGGGAUUAUGCGGGGAAUACGCCGAUGCAUAUCGCCUCCCUCUCCCCACACCCCCAGAUCCUCUCCUACCUCCUCGCCUCUGGCGGCUCCGUCCACCUCCGCAACCGCGCCGGUUUCACGCCGCUGUUCCUCGCCGCGCAAGCGGGGCUUCAGGAGAACGUGGCGUUGCUAAGGGAGGCAGGCGCGCAUUUGCAUGGGAGCGAGAUCGGAAAGGCGAAAGCGUGCUUGAAGGAGUUGGGGAAGGGUCCAGAGGGAGAAAAGGAGUGGGAGAGGGAGGAGAGGGAGAGGAGGAGGGGGGUUUGGGAGGUGGUGGGCGCGGAGGGCGCGGAGGGGUAUUUAGAUCGGAGGGGGGGAAAUGAACAGUUCACGAAACAUGGAGAUGGGUGUUUAGGGGUUAGCGGAGAAUGA